GCUGGCUAACGGCGAACCCAACAUGGCGGCGUCUCUGAGGCAGCAAGAAGAAGGCCGUGAAUGAAGCCCGGGACCCACGCAGCGCCGUAGAGUGGCCUUAAACCCACCGCGUUCCCCCGGAAGAGGCUCGACACGCUCGCGGGCAGCAAAGCAGAUCUCAAACCACGGAGGAGAAAGUCUCGUAUGAGUUCCGACGAGAAGGAGGACUGUGAGUGUGCGACACCACAGGCCGAGACGAGCGCCGCCAGAGGAGCUGCGAGAGAACAAGAGGAGCCUGACGCAGAGAACCCAGAAGCAAGCCGGAUGAAGCGUGCCGCUGCCAAACAUCUAAUAGAGCGCUACUACCACCAGUUAACCGAGGGCUGUGGGAAUGAGUCGUGCUCCAACUCGUGGUGCGCCUCGUCGGCGGGGUUCAGCCGCAUGGACAACAACGCGGCGGCGGUCAAAGCGCUGGAGCUCUACAAGGUCAACGCCAAGCUGUGCGACCCGCACCCCUCCAAGAAAGGCACGGCGUCCACGUACCUGGAGAGCGGCGCCCUCGGCAACUCGGCCUGCAGCGACAGGAGGACGAACCACAAGGACGUCCACUCCGUGAGGGACAACUUCAGAGAUAUCAGCUACCUUACGGAGGAGAAGGUGUACGAGAUCUUGGACGCGUGUGGGGAGAAGGAGGAUUACUCGCCGCUCAUCCGGGUCAUCGGCCGGGUGUUCUCCAGCGCCGAGGGUCUGGUCCAGAGCUUCCGCAGGUCCAAGCCUCACACCAAGGAGGAGCUGAAGUCCCUGCAGGGGAAGGACGAGGACAAGGACGAGGACGAGAAGGAGGCGGCGUCCUCCGCCACGGCCAUGGAGGAAGACUCCCCCACCUCGUCGUCGUCGCGCCUCGGGGAGGGCUCCUCCGGGGGCAACGACGUCCAGAAGCUGGCCCCAGACGAGGUGUCGGUGGACAUUGAGGCGGUGCGGCGGGUCUACCAGCGCCUCCUCUCCAGCGACAAGAUCGAGGCGGCCUUCCUCAACGCGCUGGUCUACCUCUCGCCCAACGUGGAGUGCGACCUGACGUACCACAACGUGUACUCUAGAGACCCCAACUACCUGAACCUCUUCGUCAUCGUGAUGGAGAACAGCAACCUCCACAGCCCGGAGUACCUGGAGAUCGCGCUGCCGCAGUUCUGCAAGGCCAUGAGCAAGCUGCCGCUGGCGGCGCAGGCCAAGCUGGCGCGCCUGUGGUCCCGCUACAGCGCCGAGCAGAUCCGCCGCAUGAUGGAGACCUUCCAGCAGCUCAUCACAUUCAAGGUGAUCAGCAACGAGUUCAGCAGCCGCAACCUGGUCAACGACGACGACGCGGUGGUGGCGGCCACCAAGUGCUUGAAGAUCGUCUACUACGCCAACGUGCUGGGCGGCGACCUGGACACAGAGCACAACGAGGACGAGGACGAGGAGCCCAUUCCGGAGUCCAGCGAGCUGACCCUGCAGGAGCUGCUGGGCGAGGAGCGGCGGAACAAGAAGGGCCCCCGGGUCGACCCCCUGGAGACGGAGCUGGGGGUACGCACCAACGACUGCAGGCGGCCGCUCAUCCCCUUCGAGGAGUUCGUCAACGAGCCCCUCAACGAGGUGCUGGAGAUGGACAAGGACUACACCUUCUUCAAGGUGGAGACGGAGAACAAGUUCUCCUUCAUGACCUGCCCCUUCGUCCUGAACGCCGUCACCAAGAACCUGGGCCUCUACUACGACAACCGCAUCCGCAUGUACAGCGAGCGCCGCAUCACCGUGCUCUACAGCCUGGUGCAGGGCCAGCAGCUCAACCCCUACCUGCGGCUCAAGGUGCGGCGGGACCACAUCAUCGACGACGCGCUGGUCAGGCUGGAGAUGAUCGCCAUGGAGAACCCGGCAGACCUGAAGAAGCAGCUGUACGUGGAGUUUGAGGGAGAGCAAGGCGUCGACGAAGGGGGCGUGUCCAAGGAGUUCUUCCAGCUGGUGGUGGAGGAGAUCUUCAACCCCGACAUCGGCAUGUUCACGUACGACGAGCACACCCGGCUGUUCUGGUUCAACUCGUCGUCGUUCGAGAACGAGGGCCAGUACACGCUGAUCGGCAUCGUGCUGGGCCUGGCCAUCUACAACAACUGCAUCCUGGACGUCCACUUCCCCAUGGUGGUCUACAGGAAGCUGAUGGGCAAGAAGGGCACCUUCAGGGACCUGGCCGACGCCAACCCGGUGCUGCAGCAGAGCCUGAAGGAGCUGCUGGAGUACGAGGGCAGCGUGGAGGAGGACAUGAUGAUCACCUUCCAGAUCUCCCAGACCGACCCCUUCGGCAACAGGCUGACCUACGACCUGAGGGAAAACGGGGACCGGAUCCCCGUGACCAACGCAAACCGAAAGGACUUUGUGGCUCUGUACUCGGAGUACAUUCUGAACAAAAGCGUGGAGAAGCAGUUCAAGGCCUUCAGGAGAGGCUUCCACAUGGUCACCAACGAGUCGCCGCUCAAGUACCUGUUCCGCCCCGAGGAGAUCGAGCUGCUGAUCUGUGGCAGCAGGAACCUGGACUUCCAGGCGCUGGAGGAAACCACAGAGUAUGAUGGCGGUUAUAACAAAGACUCACGCAUCAUCAAGGAGUUCUGGGAGACGCUGCAUUCGUUCAGUGAGGAGCAGAAGCGUCUCUUCCUGCAGUUCACCACCGGCACAGACCGAGCUCCUGUGGGGGGGCUGGGCAAGCUGAAGAUGAUCAUCGCCAAGAACGGCCAAGAUACAGACAGGUUACCAACGUCUCACACCUGCUUCAACGUUCUGCUGUUGCCAGAGUACAGCAACAAGGACAAGCUGAGGGAGAGACUGCUGAAAGCCAUCACCUACGCCAAAGGGUUUGGCAUGCUCUGAGCCCCGCCCCCUUCCAACUGGCUCCUCCUCCUCCUCAGAAAGCCCAUGAAGCCCCACCCCCUCCGCCCCCCUCCCCAAACCCCUUACCCAGACGCUGACAGACACCAGAGCAGGAGGUGAGAGGAGGACAGGCGGUUUCAGCAGCAUCUUCCAUCAGAGGGAGCACCGAGGGAUCAGAACCUCCUCAGCCCGCGUCCGUCAGCAGAGAGGAGCUCCUCCUUAUUUAUUUCUAGGUUUUAAUGGCUUCCCUCGUGGCCGCCUGAUGCUGGGAGGGAGGGGGACCGAGUGCGGCCCGUUGUAGAACCGUGGCGGAACCGGAGAACCGCUCCACUGACCAUCAUUCCACCCAGUUCAGACCGAGGAGGUCCAGACGGCCCGGUUCUGGUUCUGGUUCUGGGCUUUGGUCAGAGCCGUGUAAAGUGCACUUAGACAUUUUCCCAAUGUUUCUGUUGUUUUUCUGUUGUUUCUGUGUCUCAGCCACUCGUCGCCAUGGCGACUCGGAGCGUAUCUUUUCCCGGUCUUCCUGCGUUCGUAGAGGAGCCGCCUCCAGCCGCUCACUCCUGGCCCUACGCUGGUUGCCAUGGUGAUGGCGGGUCCCAACAGCUGAAGGUUCUGGAAGCAGGCGGGUUUUUUUUCUUUAGCGUGUGUAAAUAUCUGGUUCUGUUUGGACUCCUCCUGGACCUCAGUGCUGGAAGAACCCGGCUGGCGGCGGCGGGCUCCAUGAGGCCCCUCCCAGCUGAAGGCGAGGCGUUCUCUCUGAUGCUCCUUCCCAAACAUUGCAGAUGAAUGUAAAUGUCAUUUUGUUUGCAUACAGAAGCAGGCAGAACCAAUAAAAGGAACUAUGACUAACCCCGA